AUGCGGGCAAUAGGCGCCUUUCUCACCGCUUUGUUAGCCACUCCAGUGAACUGCAAAUACAUUGUUCCUGGGGGUAGAUGGCUCGACACAAACGGUUCAAUCAUCAACGCCCAUGGAGCUGGCAUUACCUUUGAUCAAAAGUCUGCCCGAUUCUGGUGGUUCGGCGAAUACAAAACAGAAGCGCAGCCAGAGGGAGGAGGUGUUUCUGUUUACAGUUCUGAUGACUUAAGUACAUGGACCUGGGAAAGAUUGGCUUUGGCUCCGGUUGAGGGACAUCCUUACAUAUCGCCAAAGAAUGUAAUCCAACGUCCAAAAGUGGCCUACAGCGCCGAUACUGAUGAUUAUCAUAUGUGGUGGCAUGCCGACAACUCCACCUAUGGACUUCUCCUCCAAGGCCAUGCAGUAUCAUCUACGAUUGGCGGGCCAUACAAAUUUGUCGAUGCAACGGCACCUCUUGGAAACUGGUCCCAGGAUUUUGGCAUGUUCACAGAUUACAAAAAUAAUCAAACAUAUGCCCUCUACUCCAAUGGGGACAGUGUGGAAGGCCGGGACGUUUACAUUUCAAGUUUCGACAAAAAUCUUAGUUCCCUCGAAAAAGUUGUCUAUCGGUUUCCGAAGUUUGAUCUGGAGGCGCCGACAAUCAUGCAAACAGAGAAAAGUUACUGGGCUCUUAUGAGUCACAAGACAGGUUAUAGGCCUAAUAAUGUGGUAGCAUUCCGGGCCGACUCGCUGAGUGGGCCGUGGUCUCAACCGUUUAUUGUCUCCCCUUUGAACACCAGAACUUUCAAUUCGCAGUCUGGGUUUACUCUCAGAAUAAAGGGAACCAAGAAGACGACCUACCUAUACAUCGGAGACCAGUGGGACUCAAACUCUGUCUGGGAUAGCCGCUAUAUCUGGCUGCCGAUUGAGGUUGACGAGAAGCAGAAGUCGCUGGAACUCAAUUGGCAUGAUAUUUACGACCUUGAUGUUAAAACUGGUGAAUGGUCCGCUGUCAAGGGAAAGUCAUACAGUGCCCAAAAUGCGAAAACAUCGGGGGAUGCGUAUAGGCAGGAAGCUAACUUCGCGAAUGAUGGUAUUAUUCUCACUGGGAUUUACGGAAACGAUAGUACCAUUACUUUUGAGAAUAUCGAAGGGUCAGGGAAACCACAAUGGGUAUCUUUCUAUUACCAAAAUAUCGAUGAUAUGGGAUUUGGUGAUCAACCUGGAGGAACACCUGACAGAAUAGGCGGUUCAUGGCAGCUACGCCGGAUCAGCAGCGUCGUUGUUAACGGAGAUGUGUCAAGCAUGCAAACACUAUACCAGAGAGAUACACACAAGGGAAUAAUUCUUUCGACGCCCUUGCAGCUGACAUUGAAGAAAGGAAAAGCGAAUACCAUUACAGUGGGCGGACUCUACAACGGAUUCGAUUAUAAAGGUGCGGAUUUGGAUCGGAUCGUGGUAUAUCCUGCCGAAAAUUAG